AUGAAUCAGCGUCCUUCUAGUCGUCCAAAAGCUUCCUUGUAUGUAGGAGACAUACACCAACAUGUUACCGAGGCAAUGCUCUACAAUCACUUCAGUCCCGCCGGGACCAUCCACUCUAUCCGCGUCUGCAGAGACAGGGUCACCAAGCGCUCUCUGGGUUAUGCCUAUGUUAACUUCAAGAGGUCAGUGGAUGCCGAGCACGCCUUAGAUUUCUGGAAUUUUAAACUGACUGAUGGCUCUCCGAUUCGUGUAACUUGGGCCCACCAGCGCGACCCGACCCUGACAAAGAGCGGUGUGGGUAAAGUCUUUAUUAAGAACCUGGACACGUCAAUAGAUAACGAAAAUCUAUACGACACCUUCUCUGGCUUCGGCAAAAUCUUGUCGAGCAAGAUUGCAUGUGGUAACAAUGGCUCAAAGGGCUAUGGUUUUGUUCAAUUUGAGACCGCGGAGGCUGCCGAGAAAUCUAUAGAAAGAUUGGACGGUAUGCUGUUUAAUGACAGAAAAGCAUUUGUGGGCCGCUUCAAAUCUCGCAAGGAGCGCCAAGCUGAGCGCUUUUGUUCAUGCGCAAAGUUCACCAAUAUCUACAUCAAGAACUUUGGGCAGUAUGUGGAUGAGCAGAAGCUGACAGAGGUGUUCAGCAAGUAUGGAAAGAUCACGAGCGUCUGUGUCAUGAAGGAUGAGAAUGGCAAGUCCCGAGGGUUCGGCUUUGUGAACUUUGAGAGGCACGAGGAUGCGCAAAAAGCUGUGGAUGACAUGAAAGGAAUGCAAAUUAGCGGCAAGCUGAUCUAUGUUGGCCGCGCCCAGAAGAGGUUAGAGCGUCAGUCCAAGCUCAAGCGUUGGUUCCAGCAGAACCAGGCUUGCAUGACAUGCCCUUCUAAGCAGCAGGUGAGUAGAGGCUGCAGUCACAUAGUAAAAAGACGAAGUCGAGCAGGUCCUGACCCAGCCUCUGGUCCAUCUCCUGACUAA